AUGUCUGGUACACUCAUCAUAAAGCCAUUAAGUGGCAAAUUAAGUCAUGAUACUGAAACUUUUGGAAAAAUGGAUCCAUUUUGUUUAGUAAGAGUAGGUGGAUAAACUCAAAGAACUAGAUCACAUACAGAUGCUGGUAAAUACCCAUCAUGGAGUGAUACUCUUUCAUUUCGUAGAACUUCAGAACUGAUUGCUGAUAUUGAAGUUUGGGAUAAAGAUGAAGUGAGCAAAAAUGAUUUGAUUGGUCAAGGAUCCUUAGCAUUAUAGACUUACUUAACAAAGCCUAAUGGAACAGAAUGGGUCAAUUUAAACUAUAAAGUAUAUGACAUGUAUAGUUUUAAUAGGGUAAAUCAGCAGGAUAGGUUUUAAUUGAAGUUUAAUUUUUCCCUGAUGGUGGUGUUAAACCUCCAGCUAUGCCUGGUUAUUAAUAACCAUACUAUCCACCAAACCUACCCUAUUAAUAAUAACCUCUAUACCCUCCAUAACAAGGUUAUCCACCCUAAUAGCCAGGCUAUCCACCUUAAUAGCCAGGUUAUCCACCUUAGUAACCUGGUUAUCCACCUUAACCUGGAUAUCCUGCACAACCUUAUCCAACUCAACCAGGAUAUCCUCCUUAAUAACCAGGUUAUCCUCCUUAAUAACCAGGCUAUCCUCCUUAAUAACCAGGAUAUCCUCCUCAAUAGCCAGGAUAUCCUCCUCAAUAGCCAGGAUAUCCACCUCAACCAGGUUAUCCACCAUAAUAGCCAGGAUAUCCUCCUUAACAAGGUUAUCCACCAUAAUAACCAGGAUAUCCACCUCAACCAGGUUAUCCACCAUAAGCUGGAUACCCACCUUAGUAACCUGGAUAUUAGGGUUAUCCUCAAUAAGGAUAUUAAAAACCUUUUUGAA